CUCGACAUAAACAUUGAUCUUUUUGCCACAAGCUGUUCAAACUGCUUCCUCGUGUUCAUUCAGCGAAAGGGCUGCAUGCUGCUUGUCGAGCUGGAGAUGAGUGCGUCCAAAAAUGAGUAAUGCGAUGCCGUUAUAGAUAGCGAAGCUUAUAGGUGACCGAGACUAGGAACAGUUUGGGAUUUGCACGUUGUUUUUUAUUUUAACAGAGGCGUCGGCCGGCGUAGACGCUGUGUCAGACUAGCCUUCGUUUUAUUUAUUUGUAAAAUACAAUUUUAAAGUCUUUAUUUUAUAUUGUAAAAGCGUCAGGUUUUGCACCAGGAGAAUAAAGUAAUCAAUCCCAGGUUAGCUUCAACGCAUGACACUGCUGAGACAAAAAAAAAAAACUGCAGCAGCGCCUGCAGACAGUGUGGUCUGACUCGACUGAGUGCUACGUAAUAUGCAGCUCUUACACAGCGGAUUUCAGGGCACCGCUGGCGUUGAUAUUAUCAGGACGUGUAGCUGUUAUUUCAGAUAGUUUAACAUUAUUCUAUUGCAUCAUUAAAAAAACAAAACCAAACACCUCGUCGGCGCAACGAUGUUACACGUGCUGGUUUUGGGCGCUGUGUUUUUCCCUGGCUUAUUCCUUCUUACGAGAAGAGUUCUGGCCAGCAUUUUCAAGCAGUGGAAUAAUGCAGACCUGGUUCUUGUCAGCGAAAGGUGCGUGUCCACGGUCCAUGCUUUGCUGGCCACGAGCUCCGGCUUUAUUGUGGUCACAACGUGCAAGAAUGUGAUGACCGACAGGCACUGGCUUGCCACAGCCUUCGUGUGGUUUGCAAUGCCGUACAUGGCUUACGAUAUCUAUGCCAUGUACCUGAGUCACUGGUACCGCUUCCAAGUGAAGGGCCACGAGGAGUAUAAGGAGCACUCCUUCAGGACGGUGAACAUGUUUCUCAGGAGAGAAUGCCUGCUGGUGCUGCAUCACAUUGUCCUGCUGACCAUCCUGCUGCCCGUAACCUUGUUCUUCAGAAAUGAGCUGGGGGAUUUCUUUAUAGGAUGUCUGUUCACAGCAGAGCUUAGCACCCCCUUUGUAUCUCUGGGAAAGAUUUUAAUUCAGCUGGGAUUGCAGGACAGUAUCCUCCACAAGGUGAACGGUGUGAUCGUGCUGUUCACAUUCUUCCUGUGCCGGAUCCUCCUUUUCCCCUACAUGUACUGGGUGUACGGCCAGCACUACGGCAUCCCAGUCUACCGUGUGCCCUUCCACCUGCCUCUCUCCUGCACCCUGGGCAACAUCUGCGUCUUGGCUCCUCAGGUCUAUUGGUUCUACAUGCUGUGCAGAAAGGGCAUCCGACUGUACCAGCGUGAGCGCAAGAUGCGGGAAACUGCCAGCAACUAGCACCCCCCCUGCACCCCUCCCCUACCAUCCCCAUCCUACACACAGUAAUCCAGGCACGACUGCUGCUGUUGCUACUACUGCUACUUCACGGAUUACUGCCUACUUCUGAUGAUUUUAUUUGCUUCUUGAAAAUGAAGAAACUCUUCACCCGUCGCAGGAAACGAGGUGCUGCAAAUGGAUUCAAAGAAAAAUACACACAAACGCUAUAAGUAAUAAAAGAACACACACGGUCGGAGUGGAGGUUUCCCCUCCCCUCAGUUCUCUAGUUCUCAUGUUUCAGGGCCGUUCACGAACCUCUCUCCUUUAUUUGUUUCUUGCAGCCCAUUCUGGUCACCCCCACCCCUCCCCUCCCCUUCAAUUUAUUUUUGCUCCUUCAUUCUCAAAGUACGUCUGCUGAAAAAUGUCCUGUCGUGUGUUUUUUUUUUUUGUUAAUCUAUAUAUAUAUAUUUUAAACCAGCAGUCUACGUGGCUGAAUUGCGACUGGGAUGCUAAUGAACGCGCCCGCGUUGCUUAACUCGCUUCCUCUGUGAGUGUAGUCCCUUCCAAAGUGUCCCCCGUCUCCCCUGCACCUGAUCCUCACUGCGUUUGCUUACAUGCACAGACCAAUCGGAAUACUGCAAUACAUUGCUGGCAUGUGGCAGAAAUCCUGAAUCCGGUUUACCCGUUUACGUGCACCAAGCGUAUUCUGAAUUGUAGGAGAAAUGACAUGCAUAAGCUGUUCACUAGCAAAGUGAAAUGAAACUGGACAUUUUAUUUAUUUAUUUUUUUCAGCUUGUUUGAGUUUUUUUUUCAGUCCAUCAGGAAAGGUGAUGGUGGUGUCUUUUUGUUUGUUAGUUUUUUAUUAUUUUCCUUCUCAUUUCUCAGACCUUGUAAUAAAGCCAACCUCUGCUAGGAUUUUCCACCAGUAGACUGAAGAGGGGUUUCGAAGGUAGAUUACCAUCUGGCUGAUCGGAAACACAGAUAGCAGCGCUGUUUAAAAAUCCAUGUGAUUGGCGUUUUUAUUCCGCUAGCACUUGAACUUGUUUACAAGCACCUGGCAUAUUCCGAACCUAAUCUGUAAUAAAAUAACCUGCUCAGUCUGUGUGUUUACAUGCAAAGACUAUUCCGACUGCGCUGUGGUCAUAAUUCUGCAUUCCAAUUCCAUUCCGAGUUUAGAUGCACCUGGCACAAUUCUGAACGCCAAGAGGUCUGACGUGACGGUAACGGUUUCUGGAGCCAGAUUUGAACAAAGUCCACCUGGGACAUGCUGGCUUAGUCCAGCAUUGGUAGCACCAUGUGUCUGGAAUACAGUGCAGCAUUUACAGCUAUGCUAUUCCGAACUCUAGGUAUCCAGAAUUCUGCAUGCUGUACAUUCUAAAUACAGUAGGAUCAUUUUGUUACAACCACCAAAGGGACACACGUGGUCUUAAUUGAGAUCUGGCCCUUAAGUGACUGACAGAGAGUGAUCUCAACGGUGAUCUGGUCACACCGAGCGAGCUUGACCUACAUCACAUUCCUUAAUACAGAAAGAAAUAAGUCUGCAUGUAUACAUACUGACUGAUCACAAAUGGGGGCGAGGGAAAUGCUUGGGGAGGAAAGUCGCUUGCUACGUUUAUAUGGAAGUAUCUUCCUGGAUAGGUAUUCCGAAUGUGGGUUCUACCUGUUCACCUGUUUUAAACGCAAGCCAACACCCACUCCUGAAUACUGCUGGGAUUCGUGCAUGGAGGCGCAUGUGCUCCGUGGCUCGUGAUUACAUGAAUAUUGGAUUUCGGAUACCCAGUUUAGUAUUUCGUGAAGAAACUGAAUCCUACCUCCAUGUAAACGUAGCUGCUGAGAAUGUAAUACAAGCGCAUUAACCUGGCAGCAUCUGUGUGGCUGUACAACUGCUAGGAGGAUGAAACCCAACGCAUCUUUAUUUAUAUUUAUAAAAAGCAAAUAAAAAAGUGGAGGUACCAGGGGACUAAGCAGGUAACCCUGGGGAAAUGUUAGGUGUAAUAAGAACUGGCUGCAGGUGCGAUCUUACUGUAGUCUGUUCAGCAUCGACUGAAAUGCAGAGAACUUUCUAUUCACUCUCGCUGCCACAAGUCUGUGGCUCUUGUGAAUAUUAAACCUCAUCGGGGAUGGAAAGCAAGGCUCCCAAUGUGCAUGGCAGUUUGAUCCAUUCCCGGUUUUGCUAGGGAGUUUAAGAAGACACACCUGAGCUUGUUACCUGCCCACUGGGGCUAAUCCAGCUCGUAUUAAAACCCGGAAUGGGUGAAACUGCUGUGAAGUGGGAGUCGUGUUUCCGUCCCUGUAAAUAGUGUUUUUUUUUAAAAGUUAUUAUUCAAUAUUCUGGUUACUAAAAGUUGAUUUCAUGAAUGGAAAGAUCAAGCCACCCUAUGACGGAUUGGUCCUGUUUUCUUUGCCUGCUGUCGCACAAUGAGUUGCUUUCAUCUCUGGGACUGCAGUAUGCGUUGCACUAAACUUUUAUCAAACUGGGCAUUGUUGGUAUACCUCCACCUUGCUUGUGGCAACAAUAUCUCUGAACUGGCUGAGUGGUUCCUUUCCUAUGUGACUUGCCCCUCAUAAAGGUGUGCUGAGUUUUUUUUUGUGUGAGUUUAUGAUUUUUUUUCCUUUUAUUAUUAAUAAUGUGAAAUCCUGUGACUUGCAACUGGUUGAAUGGAUUUUCUCCAAAUGUUAGUGAAAUUAUAUUUAUCCUUCGUGUGAAGUCGCGACGCCCCUCCCUAUGACAGGGGUAUAAUGGUGGCACCAGUCUAUGUCUGUCUGUAUAUCACACAUGCAUUUUUAGCUUUAUUUAAAAGAAAAACUGAACAAAACCAAAAAAAAAAAAAAAACUCUAAACUGUUGUAGAACUUGGUAGGUAGGUUCUGUAGCACGAGUUCUUGAGGGUGUUAGAAUCUAGGCAGUGGUGACCUACUUUUGCAUGUGUUAUAGCCUUUAAUUCUGUUGGGCAAAUGAAGGUUAUAUGUCAACCAAAUUUGAUUAAAGUUUGCAUGGGACAUCACAACAACCUAGUCCACAUCCUGUGAAUGUAGGUCACUCUGACCUACCGUUAAUGAAGCUGUCACAUGAUUAAUUAAGCUAUUACAGCCAUUAUUGUGAGCCGCGUGGCUGAAUUUGAAGAAACUUUGCUUGGACAUGCGUUGUGAGACGUUACCCCGUGAAUGUUUAAAUGUGAAGUUCAUAUACUGAACAUUAAAUACAGGCUGCUCGUCUGAGCAGUAGGAUCACGCACUACCAAGCUGUGCCCACUGGGAUGCAUUGUUGGUGUUCACGAAACAGGAGGACGGAAUUCAGCAAAAGGAUUUUUAACCCUUCUUGAAAGCUGACCCACCUGCUUUUGAAAUGGACAUGUCCUUCCCCUGGCACACUGGUCGCCUCCAGGUGUGGGUCAGUCGACUAUAGAAAGUAAUCUAUUGAAAUGAUUCCAUGCCUGAACGCAUUCUUGUGCUUGUGCUGUGACAUUGCCCACCUCGUGGAAGAUAUUUGUCUGGAAGCUCUGCUGGGGACUCCCAAGUCUUUUUGAAGGUCCAGUAAAAGUGUAAGUGGGACAAGGUUAGGUUUAUUCAUUUUAUUUAUUUUUAUGAAAACUUUUAUUAUCCAGCGUCGAUACCUUUUAGAUUAUUCGAAGUUUAACAAAGCGGUCGCAUUUAUUGUGCACUGAAAAAUAGAUUAGAAGUCAACUUUUUAAUAUAUAUAUAUAUAUAAGCAUUGUCCUGGUUUUCAUCAUGGAAUAAACCUAAUCUUGUUCAUGUUUCAGCAUGCAUGCUGACACAGCCCCCCCCCUCCCUCCCAAUAAAUGGUAACAUUCUAUGCACCACGCUGGUCUCUUGGAAUAAUUUCAACCCUCAAACAGAUCAGAAGAAUCAAAGCUGGUACAAGAAUAACUGGUAAAUAACACACUUUUUGUAGCGUUGGCAAUAACCACGUCUUUGGGUAAUGCUAAACAUUUCUUGACUGUGGAACAGGUGUGGGCUUGGUGUUGGUUGUGGCUUUACUCAUAAAUAGAAUAUCACAUUUUUUGUAUUUCUAAAAGACAUUUGUUUUAAACUUCAGUACUGUAUACACUACUUGGCAUUCUUGUUCGAUCUGGGCUGUUUUUAAACUCCCCUAAACUGUGGAUCACUUUGCCGAUGUUGCUGAAGCAGAAACGGCACAUUCCAAAGAAAACUUGAAUGUCUCGACCCUCACUAACAAACAAAUACCCGGUUCCAUUCUAGAACUUUAGAUUACUUUCUAGAGAACUGUUGUGGUGACCUUUUAACCUCCCAGCCUAUAAAGUGCAUUUCAUUUGGAAUCCUGUUCACAUUUGAGAAAUCCUAAAAUGCUUCUUGUGAUAUGAUAUAAUAUUGAUUAUUUAACUGUAGGGUGUCAGAAAGGCCCUAAUGAUGCCCCCCCCCACCCCACCCGACCCGACCCCACCCCAUUUUGGUUGAAUGUGGGCGGACAAAAUACAGGCUUUCUUCACAGCCAGUGAGUUAAGAGUAAUAUAUAUAUAUAUAUAUAUAUAUAUAUAUAUAUAUAUAUAUAUAUAUAUAAAUAUACACACUCGCUAGUACUGGGGCAUUGAAAGGGUUAUAUAUAUAUGUAACAAUUGUGUGUCCAGAUAGUAUAUGAACGCUGGACAGUAAACCGAAGUCAUAUGCCGUGCCUUUUGAACAUAUUUUUAAUAUCCACUAUAUAUAGAGAGAAUAAUAGAUGUCAGUCAGUGUGCUGCAAGGCUGUGAUUUUAUCAAGGGAAUCUGAUGAAGACACGAGUCAUUAUUCACAUAACUCUUAAGGAGUGUUUUAAAGGAAUGUUUGUUAUGGACUUUUCUUUUUUUACUCUUUCACGUUUGAAUUAUUUUUGUCAAGCUGAAAAAUGCGAAAUGAAGUUCUGUAAUUCAAAAGGAACUCCUUUAUUGAGUAUACAGUACCCCUCCUCUAAACCCGGAUGUACACUGGGAGUUUGUAAAAGCUGUAUUCUGUUAGUUGCAGGUUUGGGGUUGAAUGAAUAGUGUGCAGAGAAGGAGUCUUCGCUUCUCCCGUUUUCUUUCGUUCUGAAAUCCCUGGAGGGUAUUACUUGUUUGUUUAGUAUUGGUAACAGGGUGCUUCAUCAGGUUCGUGUGAUCGAAUCGCAGCCUUGAACACUUCUUGCCACUUGUUAUUUUUUGAUAAUAUAUAUAAUAUAUUGUUUCUCCUAUAAUCUGUGUGUUUAGUUGUUGUUGUUGUGUGCCCAGAUGAAGAGACUGGCUGUUCUGUUAUCUGAGAGUUAUUAAUGUAACUAACUUAAUAAUAAUAAUAACAAUAAUAAUAAUAUUUUUUUUGCAUUGGCAAUUUGUGAAUCCAGGCACCACAAAAGAAAAAUAAAGUGAUUUGAUUACGCCUUUU